CAACCAGUCUGAACCAAACUGGCCAUAAUUUGCUAACAUUUUCUACUUGAACACUUCCACGCAAGACGGAUCAAACCUUACAAAUCUUGAAAUCUUCAUCAGCUUCAAUCUUUCUUUUGAAUCCAUGAAACGUCCAACCAUGCCAAUCUCUCAUUUCUUCUUCAAAUCACCAAACUCCCCAACUGUUUCAAGCAUGGAUGUGGGUAAAAGAUCAAUCCACACACUGGUUUCUUACUUUCUCAACAUGGAGUUUCACAGAACAAUUGCUUCACCAAGAUUGCACUUUUAUCACGCCAAAACUCUUCCUUCUUCCUCCAUAACUCCCCUAAAUCAUGAAUUCACACAAACCAACUUUACUGGUUCAUCAAAACAGCCAAAACCCAUUAACAAAAUCACAUCUAUUGACCAAAAUCUGCCUCCUACAGCUACAGGCCUGAAAUUUCGGACUAACUUUUCCUCCACCAGUAUCCAAUCUGGAAAACACCUAAAUGAUGGAAUUUCUUGUACCCGUUUUGUUAAUUCAUCCAGGAAACCAGAACCCAUGUUCAAAAUUAUCUCUUUUGAUCGAAUGUUUUAUAAAUUUACUCAGAAAAGGUCAUUUUCAUCAGCACCAUCGGACCCCUUUUCUGUUAAACCAAUGGAGUUUGGUUCUAGUGAUUCAAUCCCUGUGAAUUCAACAAUGAGUCCACGAUUUGAGAGUUCUGCACCAAUUGAUGCAGGCCAUUCAAUGAGGAAACCUAUUAGUUUGUGGCCAGGAAUGUACCAUUCCCCUGUCACAAAUGCCUUAUGGGAAGCAAGGUCUAGUAUUUUUGAGAGACUUAACAAUGUUGCAGCUGAUGCCCCUUCACCUAAUGAGUUGAUCGCUAAGCCUCCAUCAAAGAGUAGGACUAGUAUCGUGUAUAAGUUUUCCACUGAUUAUAUUCUGAGGGAACAGUAUAGGAAUCCUUGGAAUGAGAUUAGGAUGGGAAAAUUUGUUGAGGACCUUGAUGCAUUGGCCGGAACAAUAUCCUUCAAGCAUUGUUCCAGCGCUGACAGCACUACGAUGCCUUUAUUACUAGUCACUGCAUCUGUGGACAAGAUUGUUCUGAGGAGACCAAUUCGUGUUGAUACUGAUCUCACAAUAGUGGGGGCUGUCACUUGGGUUGGGCGUUCAUCCUUGGAGAUUCAACUUGAAGUAACUCAGUCUGCGCAAGAGACAUCCAGUCAAUCAGACUCAUUGGCUCUUACUGCAAACUUUACCUUUGUGGCCCGCGACUCCAGAACUGGAAAAUCAGCUCCAGUAAACCAGAUCUCACCUGAAACUGAAAGAGAAAAAUUGCUUUGGGAAGAGGCAGAAGAAAGGAACCAAAUUAGGAAAAAGAAGAGGGGAGAGAAAAGGCUAGGGAUUGAUAAUGAUGAGGAAACAAAAAGGCUCAAUGAGUUGCUGGCUGAGGGACGGGUCUUUUGUGACAUGCCAGCUUUGGCCGACAGAGAUAGCAUUCUCAUAAGGGAUACUUGCCUGCAGAACUCUUUGAUUUGUCAACCACAACAAAGGAAUAUUCAUGGUAGGAUUUUUGGAGGCUUUUUAAUGCGAAGGGCUUUUGAAUUGGCCUUUGCCACAGCCUAUAGUUUUGCUGGUGCCGCACCACGCUUUGUGGAAGUUGACCACGUUGAUUUUUUAAAACCUGUGGAUGUUGGAAAUUUUCUUCGUGUCAAAUCAUGUGUUUUGUAUACAGAACUUGAGAAUCCAGACAAGCCUAUGAUCAAUGUGGAAGUUGUAGCUCAUGUUACAAGGCCUGAGUUCAGAUCUAGUGAAGUAUCCAACAAGUUCUACUUCACAUUCACUGUCCGCCCAGAUGCCAUCAAAGAUGGUUUGAAGAUCAGGAACGUCGUACCCGCCACUGAAGAAGAAGCAAAGCGUGUUAUCGAACGUAUGGAUGCCGAGAAAAAGUAAGUGACAAUUCUUCAGAAUGAGACACCCUCCACGACAGCACAAAAACUUGCUUCCAUUGUCCUCUAUACGCAUGCCAAAGACUAUUCCGAGACAACAAAUCCAAGAGUCCUAGAGAAAAGAGAAUGUCUGCAGUGAAAAGAGAAUGUCUGCGGUAUUAUCUCAUUGCACACUGCUGCCGAAAAAGGCCAAGUGUUUGACAAUACUACACAACACGUGCAUCUUUAUUCAAUACAAAC